AGAGGCCCAGGGGACAGCCAGGGACAGACAGCCAUGCGGCUGGGGCCCCGGGGCCUGGACAGGGGCUGCUGGGCCCCGUGACAGGCAAGAGGUGAGCCCCCGGCCCGGGGCGGGGCCAUGGUGCUCGCUGGCAGACAUGGCAGCCGAGGUGCGGCUGAAGCAGCUCCAGCGACUGGCGCUGGACCCUGGCUUCCUGGGGCUGGAGGCCCUGCUGGACCUUCUCCUGAGCGUCCACCAGGAGCUGGAGACCUCCGACCUGGCCCAGGACAAGUACGUGGCCGAUUUCCUACAGUGGGCGGAGCCCAUCACGGCGAGGCUUAAGGCAGUUCGACUGCAGAGGGAUGACUUCGAGAUUCUGAAGGUUAUCGGACGCGGGGCGUUCAGCGAGGUAGCGGUGGUGAAGAUGCGGCAGUCGGGCCAGGUGUACGCCAUGAAGAUCAUGAAUAAGUGGGACAUGCUGAAGAGAGGAGAGGUGUCGUGUUUUCGCGAGGAGAGGGACGUGCUGGUGAACGGGGACCGGCGCUGGAUCACGCAGCUCCACUUUGCCUUCCAGGAUGAGAACUACCUGUACCUGGUCAUGGAAUACUACGUGGGCGGGGACCUGCUAACACUGCUGAGCAAGUUUGGGGAGCGGAUUCCGGCCGAGAUGGCGCGCUUCUACCUGGCCGAGAUUGUAAUGGCCAUAGACUCAGUGCACCGGCUGGGCUACGUGCACAGAGACAUCAAGCCGGACAACAUCCUUCUGGAUCGCUGCGGCCACAUCCGCUUGGCCGACUUUGGCUCUUGCCUCAAGCUGCAGGAGGACGGAACGGUACGCUCACUGGUGGCCGUGGGCACCCCGGACUACCUGUCCCCGGAGAUCCUGCAGGCUGUGGGCGGCGGGCCCGGGUCUGGCAGCUACGGGCCCGAGUGUGACUGGUGGGCGUUGGGAGUGUUCGCCUACGAAAUGUUCUAUGGACAGACCCCCUUCUACGCCGACUCCACGGCGGAGACCUACGGCAAGAUAGUCCAUUAUAAGGAGCACCUGUCCCUGCCCCUGGCUGACUCCGGGGUCCCUGAGGAGGCUCGAGAUCUCAUUGAGAGGCUGCUGUGUCCCCGGGAGACACGGCUGGGCCGGCGUGGAGCGGGUGACUUCCGGGAACAUCCUUUCUUUCUUGGCCUUGACUGGGACGUGCUCCGUGACACCGCACCCCCGUUUACCCCCGACUUUGAGGGCGCUACGGACACGUGCAACUUCGAUGUGGUGGAGGACGGGCUCACUGCCAUGGAGACGCUGUCAGACAUGCGGGAGGGCGCUCUGCUGGGGGUACAGCUGCCUUUUGUGGGCUACUCCUACUCCUGCAUGGCCCUCAGGGACAAAGAGGGCCCGGGCCCCACACCCAUGGAACUGGAGGCUGAGCCAUUGCCUGAGCCACCCGAGCAAGCCCUCGGCCUGGAGCCAGUGCCUGCAGUUCUCCCACCAGAAUCCGCAGCAGAAGCAGCGGCCCUGACCAAGGCGGCUGAGGUGACGCUUCGGGAGCUCCAGGAGGCCCUGGAGGAGCAGGCGCUCUCCCGGCAGAGCCUGAGUCAGGAGCUGGAGGCCAUCCGCGCGGCCAACCAGAGCUUCGCCAGUCAGCUCCAAGAGGCCGAGGCUCGGAACCGAGACCUGGAGGCACAUGUCCGGCAGCUGGAGGAGCGGAUGGAGGAG